AUGUCUACACCAAAAAAAUCGCCAUUGAAGACACCAAAAUACCACAGAACAGUAUUUGGAAAUACAAGUCCGAAUCUAGUCAAUCAUAGCACAAAUUCAAUUUACGCUGGAAGCAAUGGGAUAUUAUCUCCAAACUUUAACGUUGUAAAUUCGGACUGGUCUUCCAAGUUAAGUAGAAAAAAUAAAACAUUUGGAGACAAAUUGAAAGAGAGUCCUAGAUCCGACAAAUUUCUGAAUUUGAAAAGAGCAACAUCAGGUAGUUUAUCAAUUGGGAGAAAGUUACGGCGGACAAACACAAAUGAGUUUGAUAGAUUCAUACCUUCACGCCAAUCAACUUCUGGGAAACUGUCAGUUGAGAAAACUAUAUCUCUUCCAUCUUUUGCAUUACCUAUUGAUCGGAUCGAAUCACAGCAUUCUGAGAUAUAUCAAAGUACCGUAGCUGAAGCAUGCGGGCUGGAGGUUGGUCAAAGGAUCCUACAAUUUCAGCCACCCGCUCCGGCACCUUCAAAAGAAAGCAACUCACUAAGAAAGGUUGCAUCGCAAAAUAAAUUCAAAACAAGACAAAUAAUAUCCACUACAGCAGCUCAAGCAAGAAUGAAGAGGAUACCUUCAUGUCCCGAAAAAGUUUUAGAUGCCCCUGAAUUAACCGAUGAUUUUUAUCUCAAUUUGAUAUCUUGGUCUGAGGACAAUAAUCUUGCAAUAGCGUUGGGGAAAAGCGCUUAUUGUUGGAAUGCAAAUGACGGUAGCGUCAAUUUGAUUACAACAUGUGAGUUGGUCAUUACAUCACUUAGAUGGUCACAAGAUGGUUAUUUUCUAUCAAUCGGGUUAGACGAUGGUUCAGUUGAGAUAUGGGACAUUGAAAAAAAUGAGUUAACUCGGAAAAUCCUAUCACAUUGUGGUAGAAUUUCCUCACAAAGUUGGAAUGAAGCCUUUUUAACUAUGGGUUCACGGAUGGGAUCAAUAUUUCAUAAUGAUUUACGUAUAAGUAACUGUUUGAUUGAUAGAUUUGAAAACCACACAGGGGAAGUGUGUGGGUUAGAGUGGAGAAGUGAUGGAUUACAACUGGCAAGUGGUGGUAAUGAUAAUGUUGUUAAUAUAUGGGAUAGUAGAUUGACUUCGAAUGCAAUCCACACUAAAACUGCACACAGUGCGGCCGUUAAAGCAUUGGCAUGGUGCCCAACACAGUUAAGUUUAUUAGCCAGCGGUGGCGGUAGUGCAUGUAAGAAGAUCCAUUUUUGGAAUACAAACACAGGUAAUAGAGUCAAUACCAUUGAUACCGAAUCGCAAGUAAGUUCACUUACAUGGGGGUACUCUAAUGGUAUUGGCAAGGAAAUAGUUUCAACACAUGGGUUCCCACACAAUGAGGUAUCUGUUUAUAGUUACCCAACUCUACAGAAAACAGGAGUUAUAAUGAACGCACAUGAGGGGCGGAUACUAAACAGCCAGUUAUCACCCAACGGUACGGUCUUGGCUACAUUGGGUAGUGACGAAAACCUCAAAUUUUGGAAACUCUUUGACGAACCGCCAAUGGAGAAGGAUACGACUCCUUCUCGUAUCGAAAAGGUGAUCAGAUGA